UUCCGGGCACAAACUUUACUUAAAACAAACGUCUCCAAGACAGCUGCUGCUAAACAGAGAAAGCUGGACACGCGAACAUCGGAAAACGUUUUAUUUGCACCUCUGUCACCGUUCAUUUUCUGUCAUUUACAUGUUUUUUUAAGAAACAUUACAUAAAGGGUUCGUGUAUUCAUCCGAUUUAAAGUAGACAGCGGUGUUCUACUUUGAUCUCCACAGGGACGCUUGGAAAUAAACACUAAUUGGAUCAUAGCAGAUUCGCUUUGACAGGCAGAUACAUAACUGAUGGCGUGUGCUAAGAGGCCAUCCUUGCAGGGGCCGGUGCCUCCUCCUCGCAAGAAAACGAACCCCAAAGCUGAGUUGACUGAGGAGCAGAAACAGGAGAUCCGAGAGGCUUUUGAGCUCUUUGACACGGAUGGAGCUGGACACAUUGAUGUCAAGGAACUUAAGGUUGCUAUGAGAGCCCUGGGCUUUGAACCCAAAAAAGAGGAGAUCAAGAAGAUGAUUGGCGAAGUGGAUAAGGAUGGCACUGGGAAGAUCUCCUUUAAUGACUUCCUCAUUAUCAUGACACAAAAGAUGGCUGAGAAGGAUUCCAAAGAGGAGAUCCUGAAAGCUUUCCGCCUAUUUGACGAUGAUGAGACCGGGAGGAUCUCCUUUAAGAACCUGAAGAGAGUUGCCAAGGAGCUCGGAGAGAACCUGACAGAUGACGAGCUGCAGGAAAUGAUUGACGAGGCGGACAGAGAUGGAGACGGAGAAGUGAACCAACAAGAGUUCCUGCGGAUUAUGAAGAAAACGUGCCUGUAUUGAUGGAAGUCUGUCGGUUGACAGACAAAAUGGUUUAAUAACAUGGAAAGCUGCUUAUAGAUUUCUUUCUCAAUUGUUCCUUUUUAUUUUUAUUAUCAAUGUGAUGUGUCAAAAAAAAUGGAAGUAAAUUAAAAAUCUAUAUAUAGGACUACUCCUGAUCAAAUUUGCAAGAAUUAACAUUUUGCACUGUUGGAUAUUAAGUGGAUUCUAAAUGGAGCAUCAACAUGAAGAACUGGAUCAUUUGAUGUCUUGACAGUUCAUUGGACUCACCAGCUCAGGGCUGAUUACAUUUUUGGGGUGUUUACCACUUGACCACUUUGACCUGUGCUGCGAGAGGCCUUGCAAUGAGAAAAAGCGUUUUUGCCUUUGCCAUCAAAUGACACUUAAUCCCAAGAUUUUAGCUUUCCAAAGCUGAUGUUCUUCAAAUAUUUAAAAUAAACAUUUAAUUGUUAAUGGGAAUAAAUUGUUUACUCCAAAAGUCCCACUCUCAUUUCAUUUUGAAGUUCUACCUAGAACCACCUUAAGAUCCAACAGUCCAAAAUAUAAAUUCUUGCAAUCAGGAGUGUCCACAUCCAACAUUGAUAUCCAAGUUAACACUGGAUGCUCUUGUAUAAUCUAGUCAAUAUUAAAGUACUUGUGUUAACCAUCGGUGCUGCAGUACAACAUUCCAACACGAUUUUAUCUCUUUACAAUACAUUACAUUACAAACGCAGCAAACCUUUUAAAAUUACCUUUGGAGUGUUCUCACUUUAGUUUUGUGUGUAUUUUUGAAUGUUUUGUAUAUUGUAUAGUGCAUGAAAAAUCGACAAAGAAUAUUACUGUUUAUGGCACAGAUAAAAGUAAAUAUAUUGAAGCAU